AUGCGCAGUGGGUCUUUCUGCACUGCGUUUGAUAACACGUGGUAUCUAGUCACGUUCCUCGAAAAGCGUCUUAGAAGGAAGUUACGUCGUCAACUGCAACAAGACCGCGAUAACGAGUACACGUCGAGAGCGAAGGAGUUUGAAAAGGCGAGGAAAGACAAGAACCCACGGAAAGCCUAUGCUUUAUUAAAGAAGUAUGGCGGCAAGAUGAAAAGAUAUUCUCCAGUCCUCAACACUGCCAGUGGAAAGGCUGUCGGUGAAGCAACCCUUCCAAUUUGGAGAGUCAAGAGUUCGAGUUACUUCAAGACCUUGCUGAACCGGCAAGCGCCGUCAGCUCCUGAACUCGAGCACGUUCACAGGCCGACAUAUGUGGUUAACGAGGAACCACCGACCGAGUCGGCUUUUCUGGCCUGCAUCCAAAACAUGAAAAAUGAAAAAUUUGGUGGAGACGACGGGAUUAGCGCAGAAAUGCUGAAACAUCUUCCUCCGUCUGGGAUUCGUGAGAUGACAAAGAUCAUCUGUUCAAUAUGGAUAGACGAAAGGAUACCUGACUUGUGGAAAUGA